CCGGACAAAACCAAACCCAGCCUGCAAGUCUCCAAUCCCAAACGGCUCGACGCCACAGAUCUCCCUCUUUCUCUCUCUAGGUCUCUCCCCCAGCCAUGGCGGAGGACGCCCCCAUCGCCGCCGCCGUGGGCAGCCAGCCCGCGCCUCCCGAGGGAUCCGCCGACGCCCCGCCGGCUGCCGGCGCGAAGGUCGCGGAGGCGCUGCUGCCGUCGCUCAGCAUCUGGCCGCCGUCGCAGCGCACGCGCGACGCCGUCGUGCGCCGCCUCGUGCAGACGCUGGCGGCGCCCAGCGUCCUAUCCCAGCGCUACGGCGCCAUCCCGGAGCCUGACGCCGAGUGCGCCGCCACCGCCGUCGAGGCCGAGGCCUUCGCCGCCGCCUCCGAGUCCGCCGCCGGUGCGUCCCCGGCCUCCGUCGAAGAGGGGAUCGAGGUCCUCCAGGCGUACUCCAAGGAGGUCAGCCGCCGCCUCCUCGAGCUCGCCAAGUCCCGGGCCGCCGCCGCGGCAGCCCCCGCCGAGGCCAGCGCGCAGGAGCCGGAGGAGUCGGUGGCCACCGCUCCGCCUCCCGCCGAAGCUGCCGCUUCCGAGGAGUAAGGCGUUGGCCCCGCGCUUAGAUCCAUCGAGCAUUGCUAUUAUUUUGGCAUUUCGUUGGAAUAUUAUUCAUGGUUCCAUCUGCUGAUGGGUAGUAGUAUCUAUAUCUACUAGAGAUGCGUGAGAUGAGGAACUGAUGUUUGUUUCGUGAACUUGGUAUGCUGCUAUAAUGUUAAGUUAUAAACGGUGCAUCCUUGCCAUUUCAUAGGUAUAA